AACCAUGGCAAACGAGUGUCGUUCUCUGCGUAACAUGGAGACCGAUGGUUUCCAGGUGGUCACCGAAGUGGUCACCCACAAGCUGAACCACAUCCCAAUUUUCAAGGGAGACUUCGCUUCGUUGUCGCCAAAAGUUCAGAGAUUCGUUGCCGAGAAGGCCGAGCUUAUGAAUCCGGCCGGAAUCUACAUUUGCGAUGGAUCACAGAAGGAAUACGACGAUAUUGUUGAUAAGCUCGUCGAGCGUGGUGUCCUUACUCCGUUGAAGGCCUACGAAAACAACUACCUCUGCCGUACCGACCCACGUGAUGUGGCCCGCGUCGAGUCCAAAACCUGGAUGGUCACCAAGGACAAGUACGACUCAGUCUGCCAUACCCCAGACGGUGUCCGCCCAAUCAUGGGACAAUGGAUGAGCGAGGAGCAGUUCGGUGUGGAGCUCGACUCCCGCUUCCCAGGAUGCAUGGCUGGACGUCCAAUGUACGUUGUACCAUACUCGAUGGGUCCGAUCGGAGGACCAUUGUCCAAGAAUGGUAUCGAGUUGACCGAUUCACCAUAUGUCGUGCUUUGCAUGCGUACCAUGACCAGAAUGGGAACCAAGGUUUUGGAGGCGCUCGGGGAUAAUGAUUUUGUUAGAUGUAUUCAUUCAGUGGGACUUCCACGUCCAGUUAAGCAAAAGGUGAUCAACCACUGGCCCUGCAACCCAGAGAAAGUAAUGAUCGCCCAUCGUCCAAAGGAGCGCGAGAUCUGGUCAUUCGGCUCGGGCUACGGAGGUAACUCGAUUCUCGGAAAGAAGUGCUUCGCUCUCCGUAUUGCCUGCAACAUUGGAAGAGACGAGGGAUGGCUCGCCGAGCACAUGUUGAUCAUGGGAGUAACCAACCCAGAAGGCGAGGAGAAGUUCAUCGCCGCCGCCUUCCCAUCCGCCUGCGGAAAGACCAACCUCGCCAUGCUCACCCCAACGGUUCCCGGCUGGAAGGUCCGAGUCGUCGGAGACGACAUCGCCUGGAUGAAGUUCGGAGCCGACGGUCGCCUCUACGCAAUCAAUCCCGAAGCCGGAUUCUUCGGUGUCGCCCCGGGAACCUCUCAUAAGACAAACGCCAUGGCCAUGGAGUCGUGCCGCGCUAACACAAUUUUCACAAACGUCGCCGAGACCGCCGACGGAGAAUACUUCUGGGAAGGUCUGGAGAAGGAGUUGAAGGAGGCCAAGGGAUAUACUGAUGAGCAGUUGAAGCACUUGGAAAUCACUAACUGGUUGGGAGAGAGAUGGCAUAUCGGGGAUGAGGGAAAGGCUGCUCACCCGAACUCGAGAUUCACGGCUCCAGCUAAGCAAUGCCCGAAUAUUCAUCCAGAUUGGGAGGCCCCACAAGGAGUACCAAUCGACGCUAUCGUCUUCGGAGGCCGCCGUCCAGAGGGUGUCCCACUCGUCUUCGAGUCCUUCUCCUGGGAGCACGGAAUCCUUGUCGGAGCCCUCGUCAAAUCCGAGACCACCGCCGCCGCCGAGUUCACUGGCAAGAAUGUGAUGCACGAUCCAAUGGCAAUGAGACCAUUCAUGGGAUACAACUACGGUAAGUACUUGGAGCACUGGAUCAAGCUCGGCAAGGCUCCACACAAGGCGCCAAAGAUCUUCCACGUCAACUGGUUCCGUGAGACUAAGGAUCACAAGUUCUUGUGGCCAGGAUUCGGAGAUAACAUCCGUGUUCUUGAUUGGAUCUUGAGAAGAGUCGCUGGUGGAGAGGAGGAGAUCGCUAUCGAGACCGCGAUCGGAUACGUUCCAAAGCGUGGAACCAUCAACCUGGACGGCCUCCCACGCAUCGACUGGAACGAUUUGAUGAGCAUUCCAAAGGACUACUGGGUUGAAGAUGUUGACGAGAGCAGACACUUCCUCGACACCCAAGUCGGAUCCGAUCUCCCACAACCGAUCAGAGAUGAGCUCGACAAGCUUGAGAAGAGAGUUCACGCACUUUGAAUAAUUUAAGACUGAUUUUUUGUUUUGCAUGAAUUUGUACAAUUUACAUCGAUAAUUUGAGUAGAGAACCGCUAAAUUCGCUAAAUAAAUGUAUUUUCGCU